AAAUCUUUCCACUAAUAAAACUUCACUAAUAUCAACAAAUUCAUUAGAACUUGAUGAUGAUAAUUUAAAUUCGUUUUAUAUUGGAACAAAAACUGAUCCACCAAUAAAUAAAAAUAUGAUCGAUGAAUUAGAAAUACAAGCUCAAGGUAUUUCUAAUGAAUUAGAAACUAUGUUACGUAAUUUACAAUCUCAAAUGUUCGAGGCGUCGGUUCUAACCACCGCUUCUUUCGAUGUUUAUAAACAAACCAUUGAAAAUCAUUGUAUUGUUAUUAAUGAUGCUACAGAAAAAUCCAAAGAAUUGAUUCAAUUAUGUUCAAGAAUUGAUAAGGGAUUUUCUCAUAUACAAACAUUAGCAAGUAAAAUCAAAAGUAUUAGACAUCAAGUUGAUGCUCUUCAUACUGCUCUUGGAAAAUAAUUGUAAAAAAAAACAAUUUAUAGAUACUAAAUAAUUAGUGAACAUUAUUAGAUAAUUAAAUAAUCACGCUUAAA